GCAGAAAUUUCUCAAGAUUUUAUAGAUGCUUUAAAAAAUGACUUAAAUGUGCCAGAAGCAUUAGUUCUACUGCACGAAAUGGCCGCAAAAAUUAAUAAAAUAAGUAAUGAAGAUGAUAAACUUAAGUUAAUUAAGAUCUUCACGAAAAGUGCUAGAUUCAUCAGCCUUCUUCAAUCAAGUUAUCAAGAGUGGUUCGCUAGCAGUGUAAAUCGUCAGGAAAUAGAAAAUUUGAUAAAUCUUAGAAAAAUUGCAAAAUACAAUAAAGAUUAUGCUACUGCUGAUAACAUAAGAGAGCAAUUAACAAAAAUGGGUGUGUCUAUUUCUGAUCAUGAAGAUGGCAAAACAAGCUGGCAAGUUUGUUAGAACAUGGAAAAUUAUUUUU